UUCUUGUCUAAGACGUACUCGAAGUACUUUGUAACUUUGUCGGAACUUUGUCCUCACUCACCUUUAGAUCGAUUUGUACAUUUCAUCAAUUCAUCUUUUGAGAAAAUGGCGCCUCGAGGGGUCCUUGACGUUUCAGUUAUUGGUGGAAGAAAUCUCAAAAAUCCGGAUAAAGUGGGUAAAGUAAUGGUCAUCGUCAACUAUAAAGAUCAGGAGCAUCGGACCCAACCCGUAGUAUGUCAUGGGACAGAUCCAGAGUGGAAUGAGCAACUUCUUUUCACCAUAGCUGAUUCAGUUGAAGAUGUCAGGCUUCGGGUCCAUGACGGGGAUUACGUUACUGAUGAAGAAGUUGGACAUUCCUCUAUUCCAUUAAACACCCUACUUGAGUCGGGGUACGAAGCGCAAAUCGAGGCCCAUCCAUAUGAUGUAUCCAGGGGAGGUGACACCUAUGGAGAAAUUAUCGUUGCCCUCCAUUUUCAUCCAGAGCCCGGCCAUGAUAAAGAUCAAGAUUAGUGAUGAUAUGGUGGAUGGAAAGAAUAAGCAGAUCAGUACUUAUUGCUUCGUAAUCUGAUGAUACUGAUACUAUCUUUUUUUAUGGAAAUGGAAUAAAAGGGGUGAAGAAUAAAACGCUCCGGUUUUGGAGAUUUCAGCUGUUCCAUUAAUGAUACAUUGUAAUAAUAAGGCUCUUAUUCUGAGCUUGAGUGAUUCCUUAUGUACUAGUUAUCAAUCAAAUAGUCUUUCAACC